GCACGAUGGCGCCACACUACCCCAGGGUUCACCUAUUCGGAUCGACCCAAGAACAUGCCCAGCCAGAGAGAAACACAUCAUGGCACCAGUCCUCAGCAACAAGAUGAGGCCAGAUUUCUCAUAUUGCAGCACCGUCCAAGUAGCAGAGUUCCUGCUGAUGGGGAAAACAGACUGCUUAACUAAGAAUAGUUCAAGGGAGAGUAAGAAAUUAACGUUUCCCGAUGUGAACGAGACCCGACCUUCACUGGACGUAUUUUGCCAGCGGCACUAUACGGAAUAUCCAGGAACAGGUUACAAAGAACCUUUUGACCCGUCAACACAGAGCCUAGAGAAGUGCGUCAUCACAUGUAGUGACCCCGCAAGACCACACAUACUAAUUAUCAACGAUGCACCUGAUGGCACACCUUGCGACAAAACCAAACCGCGUAUGAUCUGCUUGAACGGUAAAUGCACACGUGUCAAAGAGAAUCAUGUCCUGACUUUUGGCAGUGAUGUCGAAAACUCGGUGGUCGAGUUAAAGUGAAUUUGGACAAAGCGCAGCCCUCAAGCAGAAUAUUUAUUUAUUCAGGUAAAUUGGCAUCACUUUCAUUACCCCAUCAAAUAAUCAACAAAAAAGAAAAAGAAACGAAUGAGUUUGUCAAAUGAUCCCACGCCAGGCUCUGUUGGCAACUUUUGUUUUACACUUGAAGUUGUAAAGCGAUGUUCUAGGAGUGCUCAGCCACCAUAACGUUUCAUGAGGGCUUGUUAAUGGCGGAGAUAAAAGCAAGUGAAAAGUGGCGAGUUGAUGGUGUGAGGAGGUAGAUACCCCCUCCGCCGCACAUGAUCCUUCUGUUGCGGCAACUAAAGUAUACGCAUGCAACAUUCCGUCCUGUGACUCCUGUCUUCUGCCUUUUCGGAGCCGC